AUGCGUGAAAAAUGGAUUUCCGGCAUGGAAAGAGCUGAACUCAUGGCAAAACGAUUUGUUCAAGAGCCAGUUACAAACUUUGAAUGUGCGGUUUCUUUUCAUUUGAUGGUCACCCUCGACUGCCGAGCCCUCAAUUCAGAAGAGUGGGCAGCUAUAAUGAAGUAUGUGCGACCAAUGAAGCCGAAAUUGGAAGAAAACCAUCGCCUGAUAUGGUCUACGGAACGAGGCAUACUUUGGCGCGACUUAUCCAAAUUAUUCCCGCGCUUGAUGAAAAAGACAACGUUAUUUACACCCGGAAAAUUGGAUAUCCUCUAUGAUGAUCCAUCAAAGGUCCACGACUACGUGAAACGACUCGGUUUCAUACUUCUGAGAAGGAAGGAUUCUCUGGCAGAAAAACCUCUACCCCGCAAAAAGAAGCGUGGAUCCCGGCGUGGCCACAUCGGCACCUUUGAAGAUUGGCUUCUAGAAGAAGAAUCCAUACACCUAAUCAAUCCGCAAACCUCAAUUCAACCCCUUUUCGCUCCAAAAAUUGCCUCAACGGCCGUUAAUCCGGUCAUUGCUAUUCUGAGUCGAAUCGAGGAAAGCAGUGAAGACGAAGAAGUUACUGAACAGCCUAUUCGUCGUGUGCCAAGCACGAGAUCCAGCUUGUCUGCUGAUUCGGCCAACCUAAUAGUCGUCACGCGGCUUGACGAAACGACUGCAAAAUCUAUAUCGCUUAAGGAAGCCGGCCCCUCAAAUCAAGAACAAGAGACUAUGGAUGAUGCCGAACCCGCAAUAAAAGUCGAAGAACAGGGCUUGGUGCAGCAAAUUCCAGAGGAAAGUCGGCGCUUGUCCUGGGUAGAAGUCGACGAAACAGCAAGCGCCUCCCUAUCCACUCAGGAUAACUUCGAUUACAGUACCUGGAGAUGGAGAGGGAUACAAUCCACUGCUCAUCCGGAACUUGGCGCUAGCAUGGCGGUAGAAAGACCAAUUACGAUAAGCAUGGACGCUCUACCAACCUGGUUGCGACCGAAGGCUACCAUUGAAGAAGACCUAGCAGCGCGAAAGAACUUUUGGAAAUCUGCUGCUCCGCCACCAGUAGACGCGCAGCCGCUAGGGCCUCAGCAUGAGAAGAAUCCCUCAAAACAAGGAAUAUUGAUGAGAAUAACUUCUAUGGAAAACUCGACGUCGGCGAAGAUAACGUUCGACGAUGCCGUCCGUUUUGCAAAGGAUUUCGGCGCGGGUUCGGUUGCGGCCACGAUCGCAAAAACGGUGAUAGCUCCUGUUGAGCGGGUUAAACUUAUUCUACAGCUGCAAAGUGCUCAACCGACACUCGCUGUGGAACGACGUUACAAAGGCCCAAUGGACUGCUUUAUCCGGCUGCCCAAAGAACAAGGCUUUUUAUCCUUUUGGAGAGGAAACGGCUCGAACAUUAUUCGAUCCUGUGCUCAGGAAUCGUUUGGACUCGCCUUCAAGGAAUUGUAUAGAAAACUGAUCCUCGCCGAUGUCGCUAUGACGGAUUAUUCCCAACAGUUCAUUGGGAACAUCGUGGCUGGUGCAUUGAGUGGUCUUACAACUCUGACCAUCAUCUACCCUCUAGACUUCACAAGGACCCGGCUUGCGAUUGAUAUGGGCAAGGAUGCGAGCGAUCGUGAAUUCCGAGGGCUCUCCGACUGUAUAAGAAAAAUCGUGAAGGCGGAUGGCGUUCGUGGGCUCUACGUCGGGCUUCUCCCAUCGAUGCAAUAUAUUAUGCUCUACCGAGGGGCCUACUAUGGACUCUUUGAUUGGGCCAAGCCAUUUAUUGCGGAGGGCGAGAAGCAAGAUCUCAGCUUUACGAAGGCUUUUCUUUUGGGACAGGUAACGACCCUUGUUGCCGGCCUCUGCUCUUACCCGCUUGAUACGGUCCGCCGACGUUUGAUGAUGGAGUCUGGCCAGGGCAAGAUUUCUAUGGGAACGAUGAAAUGCGCAAAGUUACUCCUGCACAAUGAGGGUUGGAAGGCGUUCUACAGCGGCGCGUUCGUCAACGUGAUUCGCGGCACCGGUGCGGCGCUCGUCCUUGCAUUCUACAACGAAAUGCACAAGUAUAUG